AUGCUGGAACUCAGGGAGAUGCUGGGGAGGAUGAUCCUGGAGGGCCUCGGUGUCAAGGAAAGCAGCAGCAUCGCCGCCCACCUCGAGUCCCUGACGCACGGCGUCCGCCUGUCGCGCUACGGCGCGCCGCCGGACACGAAGACGAGCAUCUCCAUGCAGGCGCAGCGCGACGACGGCAUGAUGGCUCGAGGUGCAGGCCGAGGACGGGAGCUGGCUCGCCGCCCCCCUCGACCCGGACACCGUCACCAUCGUGGCCGGCUGGAUGUUCAUGGUAUAGGCCGAUCUGAUCACUCACACACAUGGCCGCCGCCGGCUCUUCUCACCGCACAUGUGCACAUCUGCAAGUUCUCACACCGUGCGCGGCAACGUGUCCGUGUGUCCUCGUCGCAGGUCGUGACGAACGGGAGGGUAGUGCCGUGCGUCCACCGCGUGAGGACGCCGAGCAGCCGCGAGCGCUUCUCGGUGCUGUUCGGCUCCCGGAACAAAGGCCGGCGCCGUGGUACGGGCGCUGGACGAGCUGGGCUGCCGCCGCCCUCUGGUGUAUAA